CCCCUUCUCCCCCUCUUCCCCCCCGGCUGCGUCUCCUCCUCCUCCGCCGCCGCCGCCGCCGCCUCCUUCUCCGACGAUGCCUUCCCUCCCCGUCGCCGCCGCCGAGCCGAUGGCCGUCGACGAGUCGGCCUCCAAGAAGUCGAAGCGCAAGCUGAAGGCGGCGGAGGUGGAGGUGGAGGCCUCGUCGAGGAAGAAGGAGAAGAAGGAGAAGAAGCGGAAGGCGAAGGAGCCGUCGCCAUCGUCCUCCUCCUCAUCCGAGGAGGAGGAGAGGAGCAGCACGAGCUCCGACGAGCCGGCGCCCGCCGCGAAGAAGGCGAAGAAGGAGAAGACGAAGGAGAAGGUGGUGGUGGAGGAGGAGGAGGAGGACGACGACGAAGGGGAGCUCACCGCCAGCGGCGACGAGGAUCCCGCCGACCCCAACGCGCUCGCCAACUUCAGGAUCUCGGAGUCGCUCAGGGAGAAGCUCAAGUCCAAGGGGAUCAAGGCGCUGUUCCCCAUCCAGGCCACCACCUUCGAUCUCGUCCUCGACGGCCACGACCUGGUCGGCCGCGCGCGCACUGGACAGGGAAAAACAUUGGCUUUUGUUCUACCGAUACUUGAGUCAUUAGUUAAUGGGACACACAAGGCAUCCAGAAGGACUGAUUAUGGCAGGCCUCCAACUGUUUUGGUUCUGUUGCCUACCAGAGAGCUAGCCAAGCAGGUGCACACAGACUUUGCAUUUUAUGGUGCAACAUUUGGGCUAUCUGCAUGCUGCGUAUAUGGGGGUUCUGAUUAUCGUUCUCAAGAAAUGGCAAUCAGAAAGGGGGUUGACAUUGUUGUUGGAACUCCUGGUCGUGUGAAGGACUUUGUUGAAAAGGGAACCCUCAAUUUUAGGUCUUUGAAAUUCCGUGUCCUUGAUGAGGCUGAUGAGAUGCUUAAUAUGGGCUUCGUUGAUGAUGUUGAGCUUAUUCUUGGCAAAGUUGAAGAUGUUACAAAAGUACAGACACUUCUCUUCAGCGCUACUAUACCAGAGUGGGUGAAGAAGCUCUCCUUGAGAUUUCUCAAAUCUGGAAAGAAAACGGUUGAUCUUGUUGGAGAUGAGAAAUUGAAAGCUAGUGCAUCUGUUAGGCAUCUUGCUCUUCCUUGUAACCGUGCUGCAAGGGCUCAAGUUAUUCCAGACAUCAUCCGAUGCUAUAGCCGUGGAGGCCGGACCAUUAUCUUUACCGAGACAAAAGAAUCUGCAUCAGACCUCUCUGGUUUGAUUGCUGGAUCACGUGCCUUGCAUGGUGAUGUUGCUCAAGCUCAGCGUGAAGUUAUUCUUGCUGGGUUCAGGAGUGGCAAGUUUUUAGUUUUGGUUGCUACAAACGUGGCUGCACGAGGGCUGGACAUUAAUGAUGUGCAGCUUAUCAUUCAGUGUGAACCUCCACGUGAUGUUGAAGCCUACAUACACCGGUCAGGUCGGACUGGGAGAGCAGGCAAUACUGGUGUUGCUGUCAUGCUUUUUGAACCCAGAUAUAAGUUCAAUGUGAACAGAAUAGAAAGGGAGUCUGGGGUCAAAUUUGAACAUAUCUCUGCACCACAGCCAACUGAUGUGGCACAAUCUGCUGGUACUGAAGCAGCAGAAGCCAUUUCCAGUGUUUCAGACAGUGUCAUUCCUGUUUUUCGGGAGCAAGCUGAGCAACUAUUGAACUCUUCCGGGAUGUCUGCAGUUGAUCUACUAGCCAAAGCACUUGCGAAGGCAGUUGGCUACACGGACAUAAAGAAGAGAUCCUUGCUGUCUUCUAUGGACAACCACACUACAUUACUUCUUCAAACUGGUCGAUCGGUGUAUGCAGCAGGAUUUGUUCUUUCUACUUUGAAAAGGUUUAUGCCAGAAGAGAGACUUGCAGAUGUAAAGGGUAUAACCAUCACUGCUGAUGGGACAGGUGCUGUAUUUGAUGUUCCUUCAGCAGAGGUUGAAGACUAUAUUCAAGGUGCACAGAACGCUGCCAUGGUGACUGUCGAGGAAGUGAAACAAUUGCCACCCUUGCAAGAGAGGGAACAGUCUGGUGGCAGCCGAGGUGGAGGAAGGUUUGGAAACAGGAGAUUUUCUGGUGGUGGUGGUGGCCGGGGUGGAGGCGGCAGAGGGUUCGGUGGAGGCAGAGGCAGGGGAGGUGGCGGCGGCAACAGGUUUAACAAGAGGUACUAGCUGUUGCUGGAGCACUCUCAUUUUUGACCUAUAGGUUGAGCCAAGGCACAGGGAAUCGCCAAAAUUUUGACUGCGCCAUGUAUCGGUUUUUUGUUUAUUUGUUAGUGUUUGUGUGUUCGAGAUUAUGAUGAUCAAUUUUGCCAUCGCAAUAGUGUACAAUAUUGAUCUGAUACUUGCUACAUAGUAACUGUUAAGAAUGAAGCUAUAUACUUGUUUCCCCAUCGGCUAUUACCGAAGCUUUUGAAUGAAUGCAAAAUAUGUCGUCUGUGAACAACAA